AUGUUGGUAAGAUUUAGGUGCUUUUCAACAUGGGCGCUCCCAGCUUUAGGAACAGAGGCUUCAUUGACGUUCCCAGUGGUAUUUUUCAAGACUGCUCAGCCGACUAAGCAAACAGUCACGUUAGACCCUACAAUUUUCAAUGUCCCUGUAAGAAGAGAUAUCAUUCAUAAUGUUUUUCAUUAUUAUCGGUGCUUGAAUUGGCAGACCACACACAGAUCAAGAAGAGUUGGAGAAAUGGCAGGGCCAGGGGCAAAAAUCAGAGGUCAAAAAAAGUCUGGUAGAGCUAGAGUGGGUAAACUGCAGGCAAAUCUUUUUCAAGGUGGUGCCAAAUCUCAUGGGCCAGUUCCAAGAGAUCAUUCAUUUGUUAUGAACAGUAAGGUAAAGCUUUUAGCGUUAAAGUGCCUUUUAUCAGCUAGGUUGGCAGAAGGGAAUAUUACAUUUGUGGAUAACAUUUUGAAGGAGGCUGAAAAAACUAAAGAGGUAGCUCCAUAUCCAAAGCUGUUUGGAGAAAGAGUUAUAUUGCUGCAUGGGCCGGAGCUGCCUGCUGGUUUUGUGUUUGCGAGUAGGAAUAUUAAAGGCUUUAAAGUUUUGUCUACUGAAGAAGUCAUACUUAAUGACAUUGUGCUGAAUCCAAAACUUUUGAUUACUGUAGAUGGGCUAAAUGCUUUACAAAACAAAAUAAAAGGCAUGGAAAGCGCGCUGUUUAGAAAUAGAAAAUUGAAUAGAAAACUUACUCAUUAUAUUAAAAAAUAAUUAUUUUGUAAAUAAAUUAUAGAAAAAAUAUUUUUUUUGAAAAAAUAAUUAUUUUUAAAUAAAUUAUAGAAAAAAUAUUUUUUAAAAAAUAAUUAUUGGAAAAUAAAAUUUUAGUAGAAGGAAUUAAAGAAGAAAGCAAAGCAGAAGAAGAAAUCCAGCCUGUUGUUAUCAAAUCGAAGAUGCUCAAAGACAUUGUGCAAAAAUAUAACUUGGAUAUCCCAACUAACUAA